AUUCCAGAUCUCAUCAGUGAGCAUUUGGGUCAAGCUUCUCCAUUGCCUUACCUGAGUCCUAUGCUCAAGAAAGACAAGCUCCUGAUUGGCGCCAACUUUGCUUCCGCUGGUAUUGGAAUCCUUAACGACACCGGUAUCCAGUUUCUGAACAUAAUUCGGAUCACGAAGCAGUUGGAGUACUUCGAGCAGUACAAAGUAAGGGUGAGUGGAUUGGUCGGAGAAGAAGAGAUGGAGCGGCUCGUUAACGGAGCACUGGUUCUAAUAACACUAGGAGGCAACGAUUUCGUCAACAACUACUACUUGGUCCCUUUCUCCGCAAGAUCUCGUCAAUUCUCUCUCCCCGACUACGUUGUCUAUGUCGUUUCUGAAUAUCGCAAAGUCUUACGGAAAAUGUACGAUUUGGGUGCUCGACGUGUCCUGGUGACUGGGACAGGGCCCAUGGGUUGCGUCCCGGCCGAGCUGGCUCAACGUAGCCGCAGUGGCGAGUGUUCUACGGAACUACAACGAGCCGCAUCGCUAUUCAACCCACAGCUUGUUCAGAUGAUCAACGACCUCAACAAUGAAGUUGGAUCUUCGGCCUUCAUUGCCGCUAAUACUCAACAAAUGCACAUGGACUUUAUCAGCGACCCACAAGCAUAUGGAUUCGUAACGUCGAAGGUGGCGUGUUGUGGACAAGGACCGUAUAAUGGGAUAGGACUAUGCACAGCGUUAUCAAAUCUCUGCCCAAACAGAGAUCUCUUCGCCUUUUGGGAUCCUUUUCAUCCAUCAGAGAAAGCUAGUAGAAUCAUUGCUCAACAAAUCCUCAACGGUUCUCCCGAGUACAUGCAUCCCAUGAACCUCAGCACUAUCCUCACCCUUGAUUCCACAACUUAAUCUUCUGUUCAUCUCUCCAAAUUCCCACUCUAUGUUCUCUUUUAAUUGUUUGAUUUUCUCUUUAAUUAUGUAUUCGACAUGGCUGCUUUAAAUAGUUUCCAUGAGUUAUGUUGUGUGUUUUGUCUUCUUUAUCAAUAAUUGAAUCGCCAAUUGUUACUUCAGAAGUAAUAUCUGUUUUCUAGCAUUCUUUCCAAUGUUCAUUUCCAUCUUUUCAUUUUUAUUUGUAAUCAAAUUAAAUGGUAACAGAUAUUUUCUUUUCUUUCU